CCUUUCGGUCACAUGUGGACUCCCUCAUGCCUCCGCAGCCUCCAGUCCUUCUCACGUUUCGCUCUUUAAAAGUACUUUUUAACUAGUUUGGAGAUGGACUCGGACACAAACACGACCCCGGCCGCUGCAGCAGCCCCGGAGGGCCCCGAGGACGCGGGGUCCUUCACAAAGGUCAAGUCUAAGAGGACCCAGAAGAGGAAACGUGGCCCCGAUGGAGCCGACAUGGACACGGAGGGGCCCGGGGCCAGCAAGCGGCCGCAGUUUCCCCCGAUAUCAAGCGACCAGUUACGGGGACCUGAUGAGAUGCGUAAAGUGGCCGUCCCGGCUCACAGAUACACGCCGCUGAAGGAGAACUGGCUGAAGAUUUUCACCCCAAUCGUAGAGAACCUUCAGCUUCAAGUUAGAUUCAACCUCAAAACUAGGAACGUGGAAAUCAAAACCUGCAAAGAAACACAGGACAUCAGUUCACUCACAAAAGCAUCAGACUUUGUCAAAGCGUUUGUUCUGGGAUUCCAGGUUGAAGACGCCCUCGCUCUCAUCAGACUCGACGAGCUUUUCCUAGAAAGCUUCGAUGUCACAGACGUGAAACCUCUGAAGGGAGACCAUUUAUCCAGAGCCAUCGGCAGAAUAGCAGGGAAGGGAGGAAAAACCAAGUUCACCAUUGAAAACGUCACAAAGACUCGUAUUGUUCUCGCAGAGACAAAAGUUCACAUACUUGGAUCUUUCCAGAAUAUCAAGAUGGCCCGGACAGCGAUAUGCAACUUAAUCUUAGGAAGUCCACCUUCAAAGGUCUACGGCAACAUCAGGGUGGUGGCCAGCCGGACCGCCGAGAGAUUCUGAAGUCUGAUUGGCUGCUGUGUGCUUUGAUCCCUUCCCCUCAUUGGCUGGUGGCUGACACCUCCGGUUUCUCUGUCAUGUGAUCAGCUGAUCUCAAAGACUAAGUUUGUGUAAAUAAAUACAUUUCC